AUGUCGCGCGUGCGCGGGAGUAAGACGGUGACGAUCGGCGACGCGACGUUGGAGGUCCCGAGCUUUGUCAGCGCCUCGAACGAGCGCACGACGGCGCCGAGGAAGAAACACUUCCGGCAGCGGGCGCACUGUAACCCGUUGAACGAUGGACAGUUUUACGCGCCCGUGAUGCCGUCGGAGAUGGAUUGGCGAGGACAUUACGAGGAGUUGUACGCGCGCGCGGAGGCGGCGACGGAGGACGCGCGCGCGCGGAGCGAGGCGGUGAAAAUACGGUUCGCCGACGUCGGAUGUGGGUUCGGAGGGUUACUCGUCAGGCUCUCUGGGGUGUUCCCGAAUAAGGUGAUGCUCGGGAUGGAGAUUCGGGAUAAGGUGAGCGAGUACGUGCGCGCGCGGUGCGUCGCGCUGCGGCGCGACCACCCGGGGGAGUAUGAAAACAUCUCGUGCGUGCGCGCGAACGCGAUGAAAAAUCUGCCGCAGUACUUUGAGAAGGGACAGUUGGAGAAGUUGUUUUUCCUUUUUCCUGAUCCGCACUUCAAGGCGGCUAAUCACAGGAGACGCAUCGUGACGACGACCUUAUUGGCGGAGUACGCGUACGUCUUGCAAGAGGGCGGGAUUUUGUACACCAUCACCGACGUCGAGGAACUGGGGACGUGGAUGUCCGAUCACAUGUCCGCCCAUCCUAUGUUUGAGCGCGUUCCCGAGUCCGAGCUCACCAUCGAUCCCGUGGUACCACUUCUGUAUACGGGAACCGAGGAGGGGCAAAAGGUUGAGCGAAACUCUGGAUCGACGUUUCUCAACGUCUUCCGCCGCGUCCGCAACCCGCACGCGUGA